AGCCAGGCGUGGAUCUCGCGAGAUGCGUCUUGGCGCCGUGACCUCCAUGUGGAAGCUAGAGCUCUAUAAGUAAACACAACGCGCGGCACGGACAAGGCUUCUUCCUAUUUGUGAGGUGGGGGUUGCGGCAUCGGUGGCGCCUCUGACUGGUUCCGGUUUCCUUCCUACUCAGCUCAGCUGGGUAGGCGCGCGAUCUAGGAGUCGCCGCCGCCUGUUGGGCCCGGUGUCUGGGCGGUCUUCCUUGUUUGUGUGUGAUCUCGCCCACCGGCAGCGGAUAGCCGGGGCCGCCGGAGAGGCGGCGCGGGCCGGGCGGGGCGCGGCGCCGCAAACGCUGGGGGAGACAAAGCGGGGCCGGCCCCCCUCUCCCGGCGCCAAGAUGUGGAUCCAGGUUCGCACUAUAGACGGCUCCCAGACGCGCACCAUUGAGGACGUGUCUCGCAAAGCCACAAUUGAGGAGCUGCGCGAGCGGGUGUGGGCACUGUUCGACGUGCGACCCGAGUGCCAGCGCCUCUUCUACCGGGGCAAGCAGUUGGAAAAUGGAUAUACUUUAUUUGACUAUGAUGUUGGACUGAAUGACAUAAUUCAGCUACUAAUUCGCUCAGACCCUGAUCUUCCUAGCACAUCUAAACAGACUGAUAUACAGGCCAAACCCUGUUCUAAAAGUCCACCUAAAGUAAAGAAAAUCCCAAGGGUGGGAUUUUCCAGUCAGCCAUCUACAUCAGCUCGUGAUUUUCUUAUUGAUCCCGGCAUUGGACUAUAUAAGGUAAAUGAACUGGUGGAUGCCAGAGAUGUCGGCCUUGGUGCUUGGUUUGAAGCACGUAUACAUAGUGUUACUAGAGCUUCUGAUGGACAGUCACGUGGCAAAACUCCACUGAAGAAUGGCAGUUCUAGUAAAAGGACUAAUGGAAAUAUAAAUCAUAAUUCCAAAGAGAACACAAAUAAAUUGGACAGUGUACCCUCUACAUCUAAUUCAGACUCUGUUGCUGCUGAUGAAGACAUUAUUUAUCAUAUCGAGUAUGAUGAGUAUCCAGAAAGUGGUACCGUAGAAAUAAAUGUAAAGGAUCUUCGACCACGAGCUAGAACUACUUUGAAAUGGAAUGAACUAAAUGUUGGUGAUGUGGUAAUGGUUAAUUACAAUGUAGAAAGUCCUAGUAAUAGAGGAUUUUGGUUUGAUGCAGAAAUUACUACUUUGAAGACAAUCUCAAGGACCAAAAAAGAACUUCAUGUGAAUAUUUUCUUGGGGGGUUCUGAAGGAAAAUUAAAUGACUGCCAGAUAACAUUUGUAAAUGAAAUCUUCAAGAUUGAAAGACCUGGAGCCCAUCCUCUUUCAUUGGCAGAUGGAAAGUUUUUAAGGAAAAAUGACCCUGAAUGUGACUUUUGUGGUGGAGACCCAGAUAAGAAAUGCCAUUCCUGCUCCUGUCGUGUAUGUGGUGGAAAACAGGAACCCAACAUGCAGCUUCUAUGUGAUGAAUGUAACAUGGCCUAUCAUAUUUACUGCCUGAAUCCACCUUUGGAGAAGGUCCCUGAAGAAGAAUACUGGUAUUGUCCUUCCUGUAAAACUGAUUCCAGUGAGGUUGUAAAGGCUGGUGAAAGACUCAAGAUGAGUAAAAAGAAAUCAAAGAUGCCAUCAGCUAGUACUGAAAGCCGGAGAGACUGGGGCAGGGGAAUGGCUUGUGUUGGUCGCACUAGAGAAUGUACUAUUGUUCCUUCUAAUCAUUAUGGACCUAUUCCUGGGAUUCCUGUUGGAUCAACUUGGAGAUUUAGGGUUCAGGUGAGCGAAGCUGGUGUCCAUAGACCCCAUGUGGGUGGAAUUCAUGGUCGAAGUAAUGAUGGGGCUUAUUCUCUUGUCCUGGCUGGUGGAUUUGCGGAUGAAGUAGACCGAGGUGAUGAAUUCACAUACACUGGGAGUGGUGGUAAAAAUCUUGCUGGCAAUAAAAGAAUUGGUGCACCAUCGGCUGAUCAAACAUUAACAAACAUGAACAGGGCAUUGGCCCUAAACUGUGAUGCUCCAUUGGAUGAUAAAAUUGGAGCAGAGUCUCGGAAUUGGAGAGCUGGUAAGCCAGUCAGAGUGAUACGCAGUUUUAAAGGGAGGAAGAUCAGCAAAUAUGCUCCUGAAGAAGGCAACAGAUAUGAUGGCAUUUAUAAGGUGGUGAAAUACUGGCCGGAGAUUUCAUCAAGCCAUGGAUUCUUGGUUUGGCGCUAUCUUUUAAGAAGAGAUGAUGUUGAACCUGCUCCUUGGACCUCAGAAGGAAUAGAACGGUCAAGGAGACUAUGUCUACGUUUACAGUAUCCAGUAGGUUACCCUUCAGAUAAGGAAGGGAAGAAGACUAAAGGACAGUCAAAGAAGCAGGCCAAUGGAGCCUCAAAAAGACCAGCUACAGAUGAUGAUUGUCCAAGUGCUUCCAAAGUAUUCAAAGCAACAGAUUCAUCAGGAGCAGUUGAGGCUUUCCAGCUAACCCCUCAACAACAACAUCUAAUUAGAGAAGAUCAUCAAAACCAGAAGCUGUGGGAUGAAGUGCUUGCAUCUCUUGUGGAAGGACCAAAUUUUCUGAAAAAAUUGGAACAAUCUUUUAUGUGUGUCUGCUGCCAGGAGCUAGUUUUCCAGCCUGUGACAACAGAUUGUCUUCACAAUGUCUGUAAAAUAUUGAACCCUCCUUGCAUCUCUGGACUAAAUCCCACUUGGUCAUGAAAUCCUAAAUGCUGCCCUCUGCUACCCCAUUCUGGAGCCCAGAUUCAACUUUGACCUUUCUUCUCUGAGCCUCUGACAGCCACCCCAGCACUGUGACAAUGACAAGAGGAAGAAGUUAAUGAAGCUCACUGCUGUGAAGGACACUCAGCUGGCAGGAGAGGAAGAGGAGAGGGACACUCAAAGGUGGGGAGGAGUUGCUUUGCUGGCGGGCAGAGAGCAGAGGCUCCUAAGCAGAGGUCCAGUAAUAGCUGCAAGGCUCCAUCAAGCCCAGCUCAGCCCAGUGCUGUUAAUACCAAGACUUCAUCUGCAGAGGCUCCCACCACAGCCGAGUGGUUUGGGAAGAGCUCCAUUUUCAAAAUGAGGUUCAGAUGUUAUUUUCUAAACCCAUACUCUGAUGUGCUCAAAUGGAGACUAGUGGAAUUUCAGCAUCUCCCUCUGUAUUUGAGCCCUGAAAGGGGUGAAAUUUAAACUUGGUGGCUAUCAGAGGCCAGAUCCUGAGAUGUUCGUCUUUAUUUGCAGUAGUUAAGGAGAAAAGAUAUACAAACCUUCUAUGGCAUAUGGUGAGUCAGGGUAGUUUGAAGUAGAAAUUGUAUAAACAAUUUCUGAUCAGCACAAGUUUUAGUUUUUACUGUGUAGGUGUCUGCUAGGCCUGACCAUGACUCUAGCUGAGAGUCUGAAAGGAUACCUAGUAAAGUAGCAAGGGGAGGAGGGGAUGAGAUGCAGGAAAAGCAAAAUAAAAGUGGCCUGGCCCUAAGCAUGGAUCAUGCCCCUCCUCUGAGUCCCCCACAUGUUCACUGUCUUCCAAGACUGAAGACAACAUGAAAACAGGCUGCAGAAAAACUUGGCUUCUUAGAGCCCUCCUUGAGAGCAGGGACUAGACCUUACUUACCCUGAAUCCUCACAGUGAGUGCCUAGAAAUAAAUGGAACUCACCAGCUAAUUACUCUAGAAAGCUUGGAUGGACAAUCAACACUCAGUCAAGUGUUUCAGGUGCAAUCCAGGGACCAAAAUAACGGAAGCAAAACUCCUGUUACCCUGAGAAUGAUGUUGGGUAGGCAGGACCCCUAGUCUCAGGAGGAUCACUUCUGGCCAGGGAUGUGAAGGCGCAGACCCUUAGGCCCAUGUCUACCCAUUAAGACCACUGGGAAACUGCUUCAGAGACAGGAAUUUCCAGGCAGAAUUAGGUUUGUCUAAGAUGAAAAGGGUUAGGCAUUUAAGAAAUGAAAACAAAACAUUGGGAUACUAACAAAGUUGUCUACUCCAGUGACAGGAACUCCAUGUAGAUCAGUGAGCUUAGCCUCCCACAGGAGUAGACACCUGUGAAUUUUUUGAUUCCACCUUUAAAAAUAUCUUACCUGAUACUUGCUUUCUUUCUUCAUCCUAGAGGAACAAAUACUACUGCUACUCCCCUGUCCCAAUUCUUGCCUGUCACUUCCUUGCUUCACAAAACCAGCUUUAACAGUUUAGCUGGUAUUUUUGAACCUUUUAAAGAAACAGUUCAUAAAGGGAAGCCUGGGGCUCAUUAAAAUCAUUGCCUCAUAGUCAUCUGUAAUUCCAAAGUCAUCUUUAGAGCUGGUAAAUACAAUUAAGAUGAAUAACGGUCUUCUACUAUUGCCAUUAGACAUUCUGGAGUACAGUGUGUUUAUUAAGAAUAUUUCUAUUUUGGGCCCUGAGGAGGUACAAUGAUAAUUCUUUUUUAGGCUCUAAAAUACUAAUCCUCAAAUUGUAAACUGAAUGUGCUUACCAGACCAAACAUGAGAUAAUUUUUAGUUGUAUGAACUUUGGAAUUGAUAAUAAAGUCUGUAAUCACCAAUC